CUUAUCUGACCUCAUUAACAUAGAGUAAUGUGCAGCUAUAGCUUGAGUCAGCCAUCGAUAUCGAUAACAUCGUUAGCUAUCAAGCUAGUCCUAGCUAAUUCUUUCAUAGUGGAUGCUACUGAGUUGCUGGACGAGCGGUCGAAGUUCAGUGUACAUCAACGCUGUUAUUUGAAGCAUGCACUAAAAUCAAAGCAGGAACCCGUUCUUCUGUACUUGGCUAUCUUCCACUUGAAUCUUAUCUCUUUAUUUGAGACUAAAUGAUUGUUUGUGAAAUUAGCUAGUACUGAUGAGCACGAAAACUAAUCUCGUUGACUGUAUUAAUGAGGUCAAGACUGCUGUGCUGACAUUGACAAGUUUUUUUUUUAGUGUGAAUGAAUGGAAACAACAGUCACUGGUCUACCUACGUGAAAUAAAUAAUGACAACAAGCUAUUAUUGUCUAAGUUAGUUAUCUGUGAACUUUACACAGUUACCGAGUCAUACAGCUAGCAUUGCCCAAUUGUAAUACUUAUUCCUAAACCAAUUGAAAUCAGUCUGGCCAGAUAAAUUUCGUUACUUGCAUGUUUAUUUUUUUAUUAUACUGGCAGCCUUACCAAAGUUUGUUCACCUGAAUAAUUAAGAUUUACAUCAACAUUAGAUAAAAUAUUUACAGUUACUAAUUUGAUUAUGUGCUUUUGUGUAACGUGAAUUUAACUUUUUUUGUGAAAUCUUCAUUUUAGUUCAUUUUAUGGUUGACAAACGACCAACUCGCUAUAGCUUGAUUAUCAAGUCGCCUGUAACGUGAUGGCAAACAAUAGAAAUGUUGCCAAUAAAUUAUUGAAAUCCUGUGUAAUUCAAACAUUCAUAUUUGUUUAAUCAUUUUUGUCAAGCUCUAGUAAAUACUGGGUGUUGCCUAAUUGUGAUGGGAGUUAUCUAUGUUAAAGUAGCUUAUAGAUUUGGCUUUCUAACGUGUACAGGUUAAUGGCGACAUUCUUGCUUUUAUCGUUACAUAUUGGAUUCGCUCCAUUUGCCACUGCAUUUAACUCGGGGAGGGUGGGUUAGCAAGCUAGCUGGGUUAGCAAGCUAUGUAUUGUAAAGCCAGCAACAAGGGGGUGCUAGUUUGGGAGCUUCACAUAGUCUAACUUUACACAUUAAGAGCCCAAUGUUCGUUACACACACGUGUCAGGAAAUGUGUCAACAGGUUCGUGCUCUGACUCUUGGCCAACUGUUAUCUCCAGGAUCCUCUUUCGAGGUGCUACAUGCCAGGACCUGAUGCUCCUGCUCGUGUGUUGAUAGAUCAUCAGACUACUUAAUACUACUUAGGCUGGCACACCUAAUCUUCAAGCCUGCUUUUCAGGAACACGCCAUGGCUUAUCACAGAGCUGUGCACUCUGUCAGGGCUGAUAAGUAAGUGCGCAUCACUGGACGUGUUAACAUGCCAAAGUGCUGCGAAGAGGUUGAAGGAUUUCUCCGCAUCAUCUGUGAACACGCCCUGCCUCGCUUUCCCGGUUACGCUUCACGCCCUGCCUCGCGGUCCAGUCGACCAGUCGAUUAGCCGGUCGGGUUCUCUUGGAUUAAUUAAACUAUCUUGCGGACGUUUGCGACAUUGUUCGCACGCCACUCGGAAGACAUGCCCACUCACAACAUGAUUUCGUACGUGGAGACGCCCGACGCGCUGGGCCAGGACCUCCUGAACAACGGCAGCGCCAGCAUGCCCGGCGCCGGCUCCAGCAUGACGCCACACGGCAGCGCCGGCGAGAAGCCGACGGUCCGCGCCCCCCCGGCCGUGGAGUGCAUGUUCUGCGACAAGACCUUCCAGCGGCAGGAGGAGCUGAGCCCGCACGUGCUCACCCAGCACCCCACCACGCUGUUCGGGCCGGCCGUCCUGCGCGUGGAGGCCCAGUUCCUGAGCCCCGGGGAGAAGGCCCGCCCCCAGGCUCCGCCCCCGGCCCCGCCCUCACCUGGCGACGGCACAGCAGAGAGGGAGGAGGAGGAGGAGGAGGAGCGGCGGGCGAGCUGCGCGGUGUGCGGGCAGGCGGUGGGCGACGCCGGCGAGCUGGAGGCCCACAUGAGGAAGCACAAGGACUCCUUCACCUACAGCUGCGGCCUGUGCGGCCGGCGCUUCAAGGAGCCCUGGUUCCUCAAGAACCACAUGAGGACGCACGGGAAGGCCGGCGCCAAGAGCCGCGCCCAGCAGGACCCGGAGACGCCCGCCACCGUCAACGACGUGGUGGUGCAGGAGCCGGCGCCGGCGCCCACCGGCUCCCCCUACAGGAUGUGCAUGGUGUGCGGCUUCCUCUUCCCCAGCAUGGAGGCGCUGGCCGAGCACAGCAAGGUGCACAGCCGCGAGCCGGACGCCGACGAGGACGGGGGCCCGGAGCCCGACCCGCGGCCGGCCCCCGAGGGCCCCGUCUCCCAGGAGGGCUUCCUGCGGCUCCUGGACCUGCGCCCGCGGGGGGCCCAGCCCGGCGCCCCCGAGAGGCCCGCCAAGUGGAUCGCGCAGCUGGACCCCUUCAACACCUACCAGGCCUGGCAGCUGGCCACCAGGGGCAAGAUCGCCACGGGCCCCAGCCAGGCCAAGGAGCUGAGCCCGGACGCCGGCUCGGAGAACGACAACGACUCGGGCUCCGACAAGGAGGAGCUGGGCGAGAUCUGGACCGGCGGCCGGGCGGGCAAGUCCCUGAGGGAGGGGCUCCGGAGCGAGCAGAAAGCGGGCCCCUCCCCCGAGCCCGACCCCAAGGCCCAGGCCAGCAAGGAGAAGCCCACCCACUGCAGGGACUGCGGGAAGACCUUCCGCACCUACCACCAGCUGGUGCUGCACUCCCGGGUCCACAAGAAGGACCGGGCCGGCACCGACAGCCCCACCGCCUCCGUCGAGGGCAAGCCGGGCGUGGACGGCGGGGCGCUGGACAGGGCGGAGGAGUGCUCCGAGGACAGCUCCGAGGAGGGCGGCCCUGCCGACCUCGGCCACUCAGAUAAAAGUGAAGAUUACUUUGAUAAAUCCAAACUGAAAAUUCUGGCUCCAUCGAAGGAAUGCAGCUACUGUGGAAAGUCUUUCCGUUCCAACUAUUACCUCAACAUUCAUCUCAGGACACAUACAGGUGAAAAGCCGUAUAAGUGUGAGUACUGCGACUACGCGGCGGCUCAGAAGACCUCGCUCCGGUACCACCUGGACCGACGUCACAAAGACAAGCCCGACGUCGACCUGUCCAAGCUUGUGCCGACGUCCCCCACUCCCAGCGAGGCCAAGGACAGAGGACCUCAAGACCCCGCCCCGAAACCGACCCCCAGCAUGCCCGUUAAAGCCGAGGCCUGGCCCGAGCAGGGCAAGCCGGGCACCCUCGCCCCCGGCGACCAGGAGCAACGGAAACACCUCCCACCCGUGGGCGUGAAGGCCGAGGGGAGGGGAGCGGGGGAGGAGCCGUCGGAGGCGCCGCUGAACCUGUCCUUAAGGAUGUCCCUGUCCGUCUCCGCUACCUCGGUGCCCAAGAGCGCGCUGGUGACCAACGCCUGCACUUCCUGCGCCUACAAAACCUUCUACCCCGAGGUGCUGCUGAUGCACGUCAGGCUGGCGCACAGGGACAAGCUGGAGCCCGCCAAGAAGAGCCACACCCGGAGCUCCAUCGCCGCCCUCAAGAGGAAGCGGCACACGGGCUGCCCACCCGCGCUGGAGGGCAAGGACGUCAGCCCCCUGCCCCACUUCUACAGGAAGCACCCGCGCCGGACCAAGUCCCCCGUCCGUGGCCCAGAGACGGCCCCCGAGAAGCCCCCUCCCCCUCCUCCACAGCCCGCCCCGCCGGCCAGGCGCCCCGCCCCGCACGAGGCUCCGCCCGCCAGGGCCGCCUACGCCGACGCCCACUCGGGCAGGCCCCUGGCGGCGCCCCGGUUCGCCGACCCCGAGAGGGACUGCUUCGUGGUGUCCGUCAAGCCGCCCAUCCAGGACAAGGACCGGCCCGCGGUGAACGGGGCGGCGUGGCCCCCCGACGCGCGGCCUUACCUCCCCGGCCGUUUGGGGACCCCGCAGGUGGACUACGGCGAGCCCUCCGCCAAGAGGGUGAAGUACUCCGGCCCCCCCGCCCGAGAGCUGGACCCCUCCGAGGCCGACGAGCUGCGGGACGGCUACACCCGACUGAGGCCGGCGGCGAGGCCGACCAGGAGCUUUCCUCCAGGCAGCCCCUCCUCCAAAACACUCCACCCCAUGGCCCCCGUCAAGCCCCCGGGGAAGGUUCCGGAAACGGACUGGAACGUGAUCAACAUCCUGCGGUCCUACAGCCCCAGCGACCUGGCCUCGCUCUACCACCCAACGGCGGGCUCCAGCCACUCAGCUUUUUCUGCACCUACUGCAGGGAGCCGGCCCGUGCCCUAUCAGCAGCACCCCAAUAGCGCGCUACAAAGGAGGAGCGGCGGCGGCCCCGCGAGCGGCGCGCGCUGCGGACCCGCCGAUAAGAGCGCUUAAAAAGCCCCGUUUGACAGACCACGGUUUGAAGAACUGGGAAGGACCCUCGCAGCCCCCACCAUCCAACGCUCUGACUCCGAAGACCUCGACCAAUGAGGAAGGUUUACCCCAUCCCAUAUAAGCUGUGACCCCUCCCCAUACAUCUGAAACAAACACUACUUCAAUAGUGCUGGCGGCACCAUUACAAUGCGUUCAUUUUUGUGUGAGUGUGCGCAUAUAUAAAUAUACACACGCACACAUCUCGCACACGCACACACACGCACUCCUCUGUAUAUGCCAGAGUGGUGGACAAGUUGGAUGUGUGCAGGAUUUCUGUGCCUAGAGGAAAGCUGAAAAGCUUGAACCAGGGGUUUGGUUGGUUGGGUAUUUGUGGGCGGUGGGGGGGGUGGGGGGGUUGGGGGAGGGGGCUGGGGUGGGGUUGCGAUUUCGAUUUCUGUUAAAACAUUUGAAGACUGCUGCUCUGAAAAGCUCUACAGUUGGUCAAGCGAUGGCCUUCGAGCCACCUGGGGAUGGUUACCGAGGGUGCCACAUCAGCGGGGGGAUUUUUUGCCUAUCAGGUGUUUCAUGUGGCGCAAACGAACUGGAAUACGAGCCGUGGGGAUAUGAACUGCUGAAUGGCUCUGACCUCGGCCGCGUGGAGUUACGGUAGUCAGCGUGAUUAGCGAGUACCGUAAAGGGAACGCUCAGACCGACGCUCAGCUCUGCCAGGCCUGCCGCCGCUGCCUCUGCCAACUCGGAAGACGGAGACUCUUCUCUUACGGCUGCCCGAGGGCCGGAGGCGACGUGGCCUCGCGCAGCGGCACGUUCGCGGGCUCGCCCCAGUCCCCCACAGCGACGGGAACGCCGAAGCCUCCGGUCCGGAAAGCUCCGCACCGAGCCGCCCGAGAUUCAUGCGGGAGGAGGCCGUGUUUGGGGCGCACCCGCGUUCCCAGCUCACCCCGGGGUCGCGUUCCCUCUGCGCCGCCUGGACAUAUUUCUGGAUUUGCGUUUGCGACCUCUCUUCCGCACUCUCUCUCUCUCUCUCCUUCAGGUGCGAUUUGAUUAACUUAACUGUCGGCGGCAGCAAUAAGAUCCCACUCCGGCUGGACGGCCGCGUAAAGGCUGUCGGUAAUAUUACGUGUCAGGGAAAGUGAAAUUUCAUCACUGCGUAAGCCCUCCGGAGCGGCCGCCCGUCCGUCUCCGAAGGGUGACUCAGGUGUGGAUUCGACACCAGCUGCGCGAAUGUCCGUGCUUUUAAGGAAAUGCAAAAUGUUCAACUCUUGAGGUUUUUUAUUUUUAUUUUUUUUUUAUAAUUUCAUUUUGUUAUUUUUAUGAAUGUUUCCUUCUGAUGUUCCAGAAUGUUUUUGUUACGCAUUUCCCCCCUCCCUUGUAAUCACGACUACUUUGUACGACUGCAUUUGUACGUGUAUCAGUUUAUUUAUUUUCUGUUUUUGUUUUGUGCGUGUGCGUAUUUAUGUUAAAACAAACAAAAAAAAAAAAGCGCUGGACAUGUAGGUGGACAUUUAAAUGGAUCAGCAAGGGAAAUGAAGUGACAUUCCUUGCAGUGAAACGCCAUAGAGGCAUUGCCUACAGGUUCGUGUGUCAAAAUAUUAUUAUUAUUAUUAUUAUUAUUAUUAUUUUGUAUGGUUCGAGUCGAUGUAGGCUAGUCUUAAUCCCUUCCCUGGCGUUUUUUGGAAAUUAGCGUUCUUAGUGAAGUCGGUUGUUUUUGAGCUAUUUUAGGGGGUUUUUUUUAGUUUUUUUUUACAAGCACCAUUAGUCUAUUUUCUUUCUUCCUGAUGUAAACUUGAAGCCACCCAUAGCCAUUUCUCAGCAGGCAGUCUUAUUUUGGAGUAUUGAUUUCUGCCAAUCACUGUAAUAGGAGAGGGAGUUGAAAUGUGAUUUUUUUUCUUUGUUGUAAUGAUUUAGCUGGGAUUAAGUUAUUUUAAGCGAUUGAACUAGGCAAUGUACUCCACAGAAACACUUGUUCGCAUCACACUUGAUCCAAAAAAAAAAAAAGAAAUCACCACAGUGUUCUUCGUAUGCUGCUCUACUUAGUCUUGUUUUAAAGGUGUAGAAUUGAACCAAGCCACUGCGUUUUCUUUGGCAGUAUUGACGCGUAAAAAAGGUCUUUUUGAGGCAUAAAUCUCAUUUGCUCGUUUUGCGAUGAACUGCGUUUGUUCCUGAGCUGAGCCAUAUGUACAUAUCAGAUAUCGUGACGCGCUAGUUAAUUUUCCUUUCAACUUUGCACUUUGAGGAAGCGCAUUCGCUUGUUUGGCUGCGAGAGUUUUCCCCUGCGACUGCCAGGUGCCGUGAACCCGUCACUGCUGCUUGGGCUGCCCGGUCCGGCGGCCAUUUUGCCACAGACCGGGCCAUUUUCAGUGUCCGACUAACGCCCACCCUCUCCCCAGUACCAAGUUUUUUUUCCCCCUCUACCUUUAAGGCAAAAAAGUCAAAUGAAUUACCUGAAGACGAAAAUUUGUAUUAUUAUUGGUUGUAUUCAAUUUUUGUUUUCAAUCUCUCGGAAUCCUUAAUUGUAUGCCAUCAUUUUCCUGUGAUAAUUUGAAAUUUCCCAGUUGAACUUAUCAGUGAACCUAGAAUAUUGUAGAAUAUGCCCUGUUGGAUUUUGUUUUGUUUUUUUUAUUUGUUUUUUUAUUUGUUUUUUUUUUUUUUUGCAGAAUAAAGUAAUUGAGUAAACUAGUAAAUAUCUUAGACCUCUUUUUGUUUCCAGCAAUCUGAUUUCUGCAGGGAGUUUGCCUGGAACGGUAAACCCACCAUUAUUAUGGACUGGUAGAUAUAAAUAUGUCUUACGCAUCUUGAAUA